UCGUGGUUCGGCAAUAAUUUCCAUAUUUGGCGAUAUUCCGGCGCGUUAAAUACUUUCAUUUUUCCUCUUCUGAAGACAGUCAUGUGAGGAUUGUGCUGGAGAUUUGAUCACCUCUACAUGUCGGAUGUAUAAUGUAACUACAAUAACAACACGACCGGAUCAGAUCGGGAAAAUAAUACAAACUGAUUCAUAAAUAUAUUCUUACAGGAGAUGUCUACCGGCAGAGGAAAUAUGCGGACUUUGGUGGGAAUGUUUUUGGCUCUGGUGGUCUCAGGUGAUAGAAGGGAAGAUGUCGAAGGCUUUCUUGGAAAAGGAGUCAUUCUGCCGUGCCUCUGCUUGAACAGAACUUUGAAUCUGGAGUUUAAGUGGCAGAAAACACAGUGUAUUGUUAAACACACUGGGAACACUUCAGACUUUAGUAACAACUACGAAAGCAGAGCCAAACUAUUUGUGUCAAAGAACAGCAGCGACUGCUCCCUUCUCCUGAAGAACAUCACACUGGAGGACGAGGGGAUGUACACAUGUAUAUUCAGGGUUAAAGGUGUAUACACACGCUCCUUGGUGAAUCUUACUGUUUCUGUGGAGAAUAUUUCUAUGAUAUACGGCACUGGACCUGAACCUACGUCUCCAGCCCUUAUCCGGACCUUGUGUCGAGUGAUGCCCUUUGUGUUGGUGGUUGUACUUUCCCUGUUCUUGUGUCGCUAUAGGAAAGUUUCAGGUUGGCUGAACGUAGGCGAAGAGGAGAGGGAACCGAGAAUAUCUGUAUGACAUGAGAUGAGCUCCAGAAUGACAAUGUGAAAGUACUUUGUGUGUGACGAGGUGGUUGGUCGAGGAGUUGGCAUCGUGCCCAUCCUGAUUUGUUUGCCUGCAAGUUGCAUCCUGUAUUUCCACUAAUGGAAUGUGCUUUUGAAAAGGGACUGCAAGUGUUCCAACAAUACGCAGUGUGUUUAAAUGUGAUCAGUAAAACUGAAACUCUUUUUGAUAAAAUUACACCCGAAUAAAAAUUUCUUGCUGACACUAAAAUGUCAACAAGACAAAUUUUUUAAAGCAUAAAAAAGUUAGGUCGGAUUCGCAGGUGCUUAAAGCCGGGCUGGACUACCCUGAGCCCAAUCACUGCACUUUAUACACUCUAAGAUCCAUUUUUCAGUCUCCAGGUUUCAUUAUUUAACAACUGAGCUUUAUACUAUAUACUGUAUGUGCCAUAAUUUACAGGAUGUUAAUACAGAUGAAUUUACUACAGCCAGUUUACCAAGCUUAACCUGUUAUUGCAACACUUACAAUUGCAACAGUCAUGAAGAUGUAUGAAAUGAAAGCAUCUCUGGACGACUGACAACUGUGAUUUCCUUGUAAAAUUUGCUCUUUUCUUACAUCACGUUGCUUUAAAAGGUAAUGUAUCUUCUGUAACUGCCUCUGGGGUAGACUGGUUAAGGUGAAAGCUGAAGCUUUACCACAUUUGCUUUUCUUUGUAAAUAAGCACAUUUGGAUUAGCACUGUGGCUGAGAGGUGUAUGUAAUACACUUUAUAAUUCUUCAAGGUUUGAAGUAAAACUCAUGACAUUUUUUGUGACAGUCAUGAGGCACUACCAUUGUCUGUAAAUAAUCCCUACCUGGACACCAAAGUGUCGUCAAAAACAGUUUUCAUCUUCUUCUGUCUGAAAACAUGAAACAUGGCGUCAGCAGCCUUGCUUCUGUGAAUGCAGACACAAGGUUGUCCCACAUAUGAAGGGACAUCAAAAUGUGAAUAUAUAUAUAUGGCCUUUUUCAGAGUUUUACAAAGGGUUAAGACGAAAACUACUCUGAAAAUACUGCAGCUGGGGGAAACAUUUAUCACUUGGGUCUUUUUAUACCACUAACUUUUGAUUUUGUAUUGCUAAUGUUGUUUUGCAUCCUGGAAUCAUCGUCACUGAGUCUUUCUUUGUGUAAACAGCUUUUAAUGUGUCGAAGCUAAGCUGAAAUCUGGUCAGCACUUUUAUAUGUUUGUGGACAUUUCCAAGAUAGGGUUCUGACAUGGAUUUUAGUAAUAACGUUUGUCAUAAAGUUUGAUUUUGGAAAAAGCAGAA